CCGAACGUAUAUUUGAGCCACUAAUUACAUAACUCAUUGUAUUAUCAAAAUCGAAAUCACGAAAUUAUUAAUUGAAUAAAUACUACAGUGGCGUGUUAACAGUAAAACAUUCUUAUAGAUAAAUUAACCUCUCGCAUCCAUUUAAAAUCCUAAAUCCUUAAAUAGAGGCAUAGAAGUUCACAUACGAGUCAGGGCCCGUACGGGACUGAAGCGACAAAGACCUGAACUUGCCGAUAGGCAAGUAAAAUAUAUAUAUAAAAUUAUAAAAAUUAUUUAAGCUGUGACGCAGGAAUCUGUGUCCCAUCUGUGUCCAGCUCUUUUAUCCAGAGGAAAAAAAACAACAGAAACACAGACAAAUUUGGAAGAAGGCCUGGUGAAAGUGAUAAGGUUUCUCGAGAAGGUUCGCCUCAAAAUAUCGGAGGAAAAAACAAAAAUAAUAUUUUUUGGUAAGCAGCCUGAAACACCUAAAAUAAAAAUUAAUCAUAACAACUUUAAUGCUGAAAUAGAUAUAAGUAACUCAGGAAAAUUUCUAGGACUGCACAUAGACAACAAACUGGACUUUAAAACACAAUUCGAGGAAGUGAGCCGAAAGGUUCAAAAGAGACUAAACAUAAUGAGAUUCAUGUGCCACGGAAACAAAGGUAUUAAACAAGGGUACGCCCUGAUGCUGACUAGGGCACUCAUAUCCUCGGUAAUCGAAUACGGAGCACAAUAUACCUAAAUGACAAAAGACAGGAACAAAUGCUCAAAAGAAUCAGAAAACAGGAAACAGCUGCCCUCAGGGCAGCCAUGGGAUACAGAAUGACGACACCACUCAAUGUAAUAUACGUAGAAACAGGUUGGAUAGGCAUCAAAAACAGAGCAAAAUUACUGGCAGAAAGAUACUGGGUCAAGCAAUGGGAAAAAGGUAAGAGAAACAACCCAACGUUCGAGUUAUUCGAGGAGAUCAAGUUAAAAAACCCUUAUCUAUGUAGGAAAAGUAGAGGACAAGGAGUAAAUAUUGCCCCCAAUUUGUCGGAAGAGGCUUUCUACGAAAACUGGAGAAACAGAGACGAGAUAUUCAACAGAGAUCCGAUAAAGGAAUGCGAAGAACAGUAGGACUACGUAAGAGAGAACUGCAAUACCACAAAUCUGAAGGAAAAAAUAAUCUUCAACACCGAGAUAGGCAGACUGGCAGAAGAGAAGAGAAUACCUUUGAACAGGAUCGAAGACGUAUUCAAGGAAAAGUACAAGGUUGUUGAAAAUAACCCAACUUUCAUAUAUACCGAUGGUAGCAAGACGCCUAACAAGGAGUCCAACGGAGUCGGUAUGAUUAUGAAAAAAGACAACGAAAUACGGAGGAAAGGAAUAUCCAUAAAUGCUAUCGAAAACCAGAUGAAAAAUACCAAGAAUACAACAGAUAACCCUUGGGUUCGGGACACAUGGAAAAAAUUAAGAUACAUGGACAACGUAAAAACGAUCAUAGGAUGGAUCUCCGGUCAUAGGGGCAUAAUAGGCAACGAACUGGCCGACGAACAAGCUAACGAACAAACUUACAAUCAACCCAACAGAGAAUUAAAGAUUCCAGCUAAAGAAAUUAUGGUAGAAAUUAAACAAAAAUUUUGGAAUAAAUUUAAAGAGAAAAUGGAAGAAAUAGGAGAGAUAAAAGGUAGGAAAUUUUUCGAACAAAUAGGUACGGAAAUGAAUAGAAAAUUUUACAAACCGUGGUUCUAUAAAUUUAGGCACAACCUGGACAGGGAAACUGUAAGGGUUAUCUCACGAAUAAGAAGUAACCAUUACAAUUUGAAAGAGUCUCUAGCAAGAAAAGGCAUCAUAGGGGAUCCCGAAUGCGACUGUGGACAAGGGGUCGAGGAUAUAGACCACGUCAUAGUCGAAUGCACCCUAUAUAACUGGGAAAGGGACUACAUACAUCAGAAUCUCAGGAAGGAAAUACUAAAGGUUGGAGAAUCAACGUACGAAUUAAUAAGAAUGAACAAAAUCAAAAUAUACAAAAUACCUUGUAUAUUUUGAUGUUCUUCAUUCUUAUUAAUUCGUACGUUGAUUCUUGAAAAGAAUAAACAAGAAUAUAUAGCAGAAAAACAAAAAAAAAAAAGAAGAGGAGGGAGACUUACCGUAGGACAAUACAGACUGAUAAGUAACAGACUGACUUUAGUAGACAUAAGAUACGUUAUAUUAGAUAAUUGUGAUACAAAAAAGCAGUUCCUAACUUAUACUUAGAAAACCAGGUACAACGUACACAAGUUCCAAAUGAUAAAAUUUCGAUAGAUAGUAUGUAUACAAAGCAGGGAAUAAGGUGAAAGUCAUUGUACACGCUUAGACUAGAAUAAGAAUUAGCAAGUAAAGUGUCAAAAAGCCUUAAUUGUACAAAACAGAAAGUACAUAAAAGAAUAAUACAUAGUAAAAAAUAGCUUUAGUUAAGCAUAACAGAAAAACAGCGUUGAAAUUCGCAGUAGCUCAGAAUAAUUCAAAAGAAAGCAAUUCCAAAUAAAUAAAGCGAGGUUGCUAAUAAUGUAAAGUAUUUCAAGUCGUCUAUAUACACAACAUACGAGGCAACAACGUGUAAUACACCUGUGAUACUAAAAGUAUAUAUUUUUUUCUUUUUUUUCAAAAUUAAAACAUAGUGAUAAGCGUUUAUUAACAUUACGAAUUCAGAGUGUAACAGUAUAUAUAUAUAGUUUAAUAAGAAAGUAUCAAUGCGUAACACAUAAGCUGUAGAUGAACAUGUAAGGUUAAAUCUAAGUGAGAUGUUAAAGAAAUACUUUGGUUUAUUUUACUCUUGUUAAAAGAUUACAAAUUGUAACCUGUAAGCAGUGUGACGAGGCAGACCUUUUCUGCCCGUCACGAGAGCACCCUGACCCCCGGAAGGGCUUCGCUCCCUCCCCGCCACACACGCCCGCGGAGGUGGUCGCGUGUGGAGGGAUAUGUGGACAGCGCGUUUAGAUAGGGACCUUUUCCCCCUCGCGCCCUUUAUGACCCCCUCCCCCGCCGCCGCGAA